UACAUUUCCUUCUAAUGUCGUUUGGUUUCGGCCAUAUCAGUAGUGUCGCCUGAUACAACAGCCAGGAAAUUAAUCGUGCUGUAGUGACCAAGUUCUAGAUUGACAACGGGUCAAGUCACAAUGGAAAGAAAGAAGACGUGAGGAUGGAAUUUGCAUCUCAGAUAUAAGGAGAGACUGGUGAUGCAGAAUGCAGGAUUUCAGGCAGACAUACCUGAGUCUGUGUAAGGAGGGAGGUGUGAAGCCCCAGGAGAGUGUUGUAGCUCAGAUCCAGGAGAGCAGGGCUGCUCACAGCUCCAGAUUGGACCUGAGUGGACAAAGCCUGUCUUUGGAUACGUGCUCUGUGCUGGCCAGGGCCUUCCAAAAAGAUAUCACCUUCACAGAUGUGUCGCUAAGUGACUGCAUGCUCAGCGAGGAAGGUGCAAAAGUACUCCUGACUGGACUGUGUGGCAACACAACUGUGAAAAUCCUGGAUUUGAAGGGAAAUAACCUGAAAUCAGCAGGGGUGGAGGUGUUGGGAACGUUGUUGGCAUGCAACAAGACCCUGCGCAGGCUUGUGUUGGAGUGGAAUGCGUUGGGGGUGUGGGAUGAGGCCUUCUUAGCCUUUUGUCAGGGUUUGGCCUCCAACAGCAUGCUGACGCAGCUGGACCUGCGCAACAAUCAGAUCAACCACCACGGAGCAUCUGAGCUUGCUCUGGCACUCAAACACAACACCACACUGGAAGUGUUAGACCUGAGAUGGAACAACAUUGGUCUGCUGGGUGGCAGGAUAUUGCUCGAGGCUUUGCAGAAAAACAAGAGGAUCGUGCAGCUGGAGCUGGCAGGGAACAAUAUUCCCAGUGACACACUCAAAGCACUCGAGCGGACCACUGGGCACAACUCAGACAGACAGUCCACCCUGAGAGAGAACCACAGGAAGACCCAGGUCCUCAGCAAAGAGAUCCAGACACUGAAAGACAAGAAGAGCCAUCAGGUCCUGAGUCUAAUGGAAACUAUAGACAGCCAGCGGGAGGAGAUAAGAUGUUCUAAAAGAUCCACUUCCAUUCAGAUAGGCCAACUCCAGGAAGCUCUGAAUGAGAGGAAGUCAGCUGUCAACUCUCUCACUGCCAAACUGCAGAUGACAGAGGAGGCCCUCGCUCUCUCUGAGCAGAAAAAUCACAACAUGGUAGAACUGCUGACUCAAGUGAAGGUUGAGAAAGAAGAACAGAGGGAGCGACAGAGUAGAGAGAGAAAGAAAGAGCAAGAGCGGAACCAAAAUGCAGAACAGGAACACAGCUGGUGGAUGGUGGACUGUGUUUUGCGAGAGGGAAAACUCUUUAGAGAGAUCCAAAACCUCUCAGAAACCAACAGCCAACUCAGGAAUAAAGUUGAGGAGAUGGAGAGAUGGUGUAAGUCACAACAACACCAGAUUUUUGAGCUUAAGCAGGAACUGACCAACAGUACAGCUGAGCUCAAUCUACGACUAGCCCAGGCGGAAGAUCGUCUGGAAACAGAGAAACGAAGGUCCAAGCAAGCCCUGAGGGAUAUGGACAGUCUCCGACAGAAAGAGGUGGAGCAUGUGAAUUGUAAUCUAGAGGAGAGUGAGAGAGCUCUGCAAGAACACAUCUUCAAACUGGAGGGACAGCGGAUACAACUGGAAGAGGAGCUGAGUAAAGCUAAAGCAGGGUGUGUGACAGAGAGGGCCCAGGCAAAGGAGGAGUUGGGAAGAAUGCGAGCUCAAGCGCGUUUGGAAGAGCAGGAGCAUGUGUCAUCCUUAGAGGAGAAGCUUCGCUUGGUGCAUUCCUCCCUGCAGGAGGUCCAGCUCCACUGCUCCCAGCAGAAGCAAACCAUCUCUGAGUUUAAGGCCAAGACCAACCAUCAGAGCAUCGAGGUGGACGGACUGCGGCGCAGGAUAGGGGAGCUCCAGCAGGAGCUUUUAGGUAAGGACCAGGAGAAGGUGGCUGAGGUGAGCCAGGUCAGGUUGGAGCUGCAGGAGCAAAUUGGACAUUUACAGGCAGAGAGGACACUACAGAGAGGACUCAAAGAGAAGAUCUGUGCUCUGGAGAGAGAGAAUAAAGUUUUAAGCAGUAACCACAGAGAGGUGCUCCUUGACAAAGAGAGUGAGAUGUCUUCCAUGUUGGAGAAGCUGCGGUUGAAGGAGGCAGAUAUCCGGAGGAUGAGGGAGGACGAGACAAACAGAGCAAGCUACCUGCAGAGUGCCUUCCUCACCUACGUUCAGGGCUCGCCUCUGGGACACUGCAGCAGCCCCAAGAAAUGACCACAGAACUCAACACCUCAACUAUGUCCUCUAAGCCCUCACUGGGAUCCUGCUCAGCUCAAAGUUUUAACAGUGCUGAUACUGGAGAUAACUGGCACUGGUCAGUGAGAUUUGACCACAACAAAAUGUACAUAUACAGUACAGCCAAGAAAUUAAGGUUUUAAAUAGUCUAAUUUAUAACUGUUGGAACUUUGUUUUGUUCGCUGUUUUGCACCUUAUCAGUUUGCCAGAUUGAACUGUUAUUGCUACAUUGCCCUAAUAGCCUCUAUCCUUAAAGUGAUAGUUCACCGAAAAAGGAAAAUUCAUGACAUGAACUGAAUUUAGCAGAUACUCCGUAUUAUUUCUGGAGGAGGUGCAGGUGUGAACGCAAAUGAAAAUGAAAUAAAACUUUAUGUUAUGCUCAGGUUUCCCCUAGGCCGGGCGUAACACUGAGUGAGAGGCUCCUCAGUUUCUGCUGACUUUCUCCACCUCGCCUAGUAUAAAGUCCGUUAGAAAGGGGAUCUCCUGCUCUGUUCACAGUGAGCGAGUCGGGGCAUUAAUGACGCUUCUUUUUUUCCAUUUUGUCCAUAAUUUCUAUUUAUCUAUGAUUUGUUUGUAGUCACUAAUAGUAAUAGCUGAGCUCAGUGGCUUCACUAAAAAGAACUCAGUCAAGAUAUGUAGAUAGAUGAUCAGACAGGGUGGAGACAGGUUUAUACAGAUGAUCUAAACCCCCUUAUUUUAAGUGUAAACGACCACAUCAGAAAUAUCAUUAAUAAUCCUUCAUUGUAAAAUUUAAAGCAGGUGCUGAGUCUAUGAAAAUGUGAUUGAUAUUUACAAUAUACAACCAGCAUUAGAUGAAAAGUCAGUGGAUCACCACACUGAUUACAAUUCAUGUUGAGGAAACAUGAAUAUGUGUAACUAAUUUCCCAAUAAUCUAUCCCACAGUUGUUGAGACAUUUCACUCAAAACCAUGCAACUCAUUGCACUAGCUGAAGAGUCAGUGGAUUACUAACAGAGUCAUCAAGGUGCACCAUUAAGAAACCAUGACUGACUGUACUAAAUUGUAUAACAAUCCAUUGGAACUUGACAUAUUUCAGUCUGAACCAAAAUGGUCGACCGAAUAAUAGAUUGACAGUCUGUAGCGCUACAGAGCUAGCUGGGCCAAAAAGUGCCAGCCUUACAUCCAUGACAUCAUCUGUGGAGAUUCUCAAAUCCGUGGAACCCGUUCUUUGUUUCUCCCAGUCUCAGAAUUAUUAGAGAGACAACCUUCAAACUGAGUUAUGGGUUAAAGGUUAAGUGUGUAAAAUUUAGGUGUAAGAGAUCUAUGGGCAGAAAUAAAAUCCUAGUGAUGUUUUCACAAGUGUAUGAUCAUCUAAACCGAAUGUUUGAUGUUUUCUUUAUCCUAGAAUGGGCCCUUUAUAUGGCCGGAGGCCGCCAGAUUUUUUACAGUAGCCCAAACUGGAAGA